ACCUGACUAAAGUGUUGUUGGUAGCGCAUCGGAAGACCACUCGGAUGACCUUAGACCCCCGACCCUGCUCUGUCGCGGUAGUCCUUUUUAACGCGCCACGUUGGACUGUUGAAGCAGGAAGCUGCCGACGUCACAGCAGGAAGAGAAACGGCGUGGACUCCGUCAAUUCGGCUCUUCCACCCACAACCUAGUGAGCAUCGACGGGUCUCCGCAGAUGAAGUGCCGGGCUUCCUGACUCCUCCUCGGCAGCUCAGCUAAACGACGAGCGACAUGUCGACAGCACGAUCAGACUACGGAACACCCGAGGGAACCUCGGCGGUCCGACUCCGUUGUUGCCCUCACCGCGAAGCACACAUGCCCCGUGCGUGCGGGGCUCCAAGUCCAGUCGAGCGGUCUUCCUCUCCGCAGCCGCCGAUCUCCGCUCACUUCAUUGAGUCUCGGCGUCCCGAAUCUCGUCCCCACUAUUUCUAGUCCCGGUUGUGUCCGUCUCAGGUUCCGAAUCCGUCCAGCAGGCACCUCCGUCACAGCUGGGCAGGCGGGACGGGACGCACGCGCCGCUCUGUGACGUCACUCGCUGGUCAUCAGGCAGGAGUUUCCUCGUAUUACAAGGUUGGACACACAGGUCCGUAAUUCAAGGGAUAUAUGCCCAAACGUAGCAAGACUUCGCACGAUAGAGAAAACUCAGAUGGAUGACUCACGCAUCAUGUGUGCACGAACCCUCAUACACACACACCACAGGACGCCUGUGGAUCUGUGGGUGACGGUGUCGUCCUGCAGUGAUGGAUCUGACGGAGAUCUCACUCUCAACCCCCGUGAAAAGAAACAUAUUGUCUGAAUGGGGUUGGACUCAUCGUGAAAAAAACGUAAAUAUGGAUACUGGAGCAAUUACAAAGGUGGACGAGAUUAUGGAAGGUAAAGUUAGAUUCAUUACCUUAUUAAAGAAUAAUCUACUAGUCGUCUAGUAUAGAAGUAUUACGAUGGUAAAAUGCAAAAGAAGCAGUUAUACACGAAUUAAAUGCAUUAAAAGUCAAUUUUGGAAAAGCACAAAUAGAAAAUUCGCUCUGCUGUUACGUCAUCAUUGUGCGUCACUGUUGGAAAACGUGGACCCUUUCGGGGAGAGUGUUUUUCACUUGAACCAUGGCUUCGUUGCAAGAACCAGAAGUUCAGCUGGCUCAGAGAUUGGCCUCGAACCAGAAACCUAUUCGGACCCGAGCCAUGAAGAAGCUGCGAAAAUAUGUGCAAGUGCGAUCUCAGAAAGUUGGAGGGGGAUUCACCCUGGACGAGCUACUGAAGCUGUGGAAAGGCCUUUUCUACUGUCUGUGGAUGCAGGAUAAACCCCUGCUGCAGAUGGAUCUUUCCAAGAUCAUUGCCUCCAUGAUCCACAACUUCCAUGACCUCGAUGCCCAGCUGCUGUACCUCCGGGCGAGUCUGCAGACUUUCAAGAGGGAGUGGAACGGCAUUGACCGCCUCAGGAUGGACAAGUUCUUCCAGCUGGUGCGCUACAUGUUCCAUCAAAGCUUUGAAUUGCUGAGGAGGAAGACGUGGGACAGCAGGGGAGUGGACGGAUUCUUGCAGGUAGUUCACGACGAGCUCCUGCGGAGUGGCUGUGAGGCGCCCAGCGGUCUGCAAAUCCAUGUUCUGGACGUCUACCUGACAGAGCUGGCGGCAGUCGGUGCUCAGGAGCUCAAUGCCGACCAGAACCUGCAGUUCAUCCAACCGUUCUGUAAAAUUGCGGCUGAAACAAAAAACAUGCUUCUCUUCAAGUCCAUCUGCAACAACAUCUUCAGCACAAUCACCAACCAGGCUCCAUUCGCUAUUGAGGACUUGAUCCAGGAGUUGAAGAGAGCGAAGACCUCAUCCUCCAGUCAGGACUCGGACUCUGGGCAAGCCUCGGAUGAGGGCAUGGACAGUGAAGACCAGGUUGAAAUCCAGAAGGAGGAGAGGGACAACAUCGCUAUUAAGCAGAUGAAUGGAAUAAAACCUCUGGAGGUAGAUGAUGAUGACCUUGUGAACCUGGAGGAUUCGGAGGUUCCUCCUGAUGAAGAUGACAUUAGUCCGGUGCUGCAGUUUGACUACGGCGCCGUUGCAGACAAGCUUCUGGAACUGGCAAGUCGUCAGAAAGUACCGAGUUGCAACCGCAAGAAACUGUACAGCAUCAUCAAGACAUUCCGGAACCUGAGUGAAGGUAUCUUUCCUCAGGAGCACAGACCUGCACCUCAAGAGCCUUCCAGUGAUGAAGAGGACGAGGAGAUGUUGGACAGCAGGAACAUCCUGAAGAGAGCCAGGGAGAUGCUGGGAGUGGGGGACGGCGCGCCUGCUGCCAAGAAGAAGAAGAAGAAGAGGAGGAGGAGGAAGAAGAAAGGACAGUCUCCAACUGAUGGUCUCGACCGAGAGGAGGGAGGAGAUGACGAAUCUGAGCAGUUGGACAAACAAGGCAAGGAGAAAGGGAAGAAGAAAACCAAGUUGACUGACGACCAGCAGAACAGUGAGGUGAAAGAAAGAGCUGCUGGACAGACACCAGUGCUGGAUCUGGCCGGUCUGGCGGACUUAAACAAGGAACCUGCGCCGUCUAGUUUGACGGCGCAGCCAGAGGGUGUAUCGGACACAGCUGCCAAGGGGGGCAGGGAGAAAAAGGAAAAGAAGAAGAAGAAGAAAAAGGAGGAGGAGGAGCAGGAGGAGGGUUGUGGUGAUGAUGAAGUGCCGACGGACUCUGCAGAAACGGGUAGUGGAGGGGUCCCUGGUGCCACAGCGUCACAGCCAUCAGUGAAGGAGGAGGCUCACCAAAGAGCCACGGAUCCCUCACUGCCAGGAGACGUGGACACUUGCCAUGUCAAUGAAGAAACCUCGACCUCUGCUUCCACUGUCAAAGCCAAGUUACCUGUGAAGAGAAAGAAAUGCUUGAAAAACACUUUGUCCCUGAAUUCAGUAGAGGCUGAAGGCUGUGAUUCUGAGGAGGGCACGCCCCAACUCAUCCGGAAGAAGAGGAAGAGUGAGGUGAGGGCGCACGAGACACUGCCCAAUACUGAUGAAGGUUUGGGCCUUGACGUCACCAGCAGCUGUGCGAAGAAAAAGCAGGCAGCUGUCAUGCCUGAGACUGGAGGCAGUGAGGCUUCUGUGACCAAGAAAAAGAUCCCUGUCGUAUUUGAGUUUGAGGCUGAUGACGUGGCCAAUGGAGCAGGGGAGCUGACUGACCCCUCGGAGGAUGUAGCUGUGCUGAAGCCCAUGAACUCCAAAGGGAAGACAAAGCUCCCGAAGUCAGGAUUUGUGACCUUCCAGGAAAAGAGUCGGGCACCCACGCCGCUUUUCUGCAGGACCAAGGCAGGCCAGGAGACCCCCAAAGCAUCUAAGAAGGUUAAAAAAAUCCCCAAGUCUGAGUCCAAGAAAGUCACCUUCCACCUGCUGAAGAACCAAACUGCAGAGUUCCGAAAGUCUGACCGCAGUCUUCUUCUGAGUCCACAUGGAGCCUCCAGAGUGGCCUUUGACCCUGAGCAGAAGCCCAAGUCUGGGGUCCUCAAGUCUCCACCAACCCCUGAUCCCACGUGCACCAUGCCAGCGAGAAGGAAGACCACAGUGGAGAAAACACGGAGGAGACCGUCUGCUGCUGACUUCUUUUGAUGGACUGCAGGAGGACGACUUUGUUUUUCUUAUUACAACGAAAAUGUAGUGGUGGCUUGGCUUGACCUGACGCUGGGCAGCUGGAACAAUAAAUGAUAACAAGUCUCAUUGCGAAAAUGUCAUUUCUUGUUUUAAAACCAACACAAAGACACAAAUAACAAAAUAUGGAAGAAAAAAAGAAAAUUUGUAAUCUGUGUAACAAAGUACUCUGACAAGAAGUGGGCAUGUUGACAUGGGCGCAAACAGGAUGUGCACUCCCUCCAACAUUACUGCUAAAGUAGGGUUAGGGUUAAAUAAAGGUGCUGGGGGGAGGCCCAGCACCUGCACUGGCCAGGCAGCGCUUCCCCAGGACAU